AUGUGUCCACUGAAACCAUACUACGAGGCAUUGCCCUCUGCGUUGAAGCCUACGCAUUACGACAUUUCCAUCUCCAACAUCUCUGACGAGAAUUACUCUGGAGUAGUCAACAUCGAUUUGGACGUGGUGGAAUCCACCAAUCAGUUGCACUUACACUACAGAGACUUGACCAUCGGUGCAGUGACAGCUACAUAUGGUGGAAAGUCCGUGAAAGGUAAGGUUGCUCUUCUUAAUAAGGAGAAGGAGUAUUUUGUGGUCGAGUUCGCUGACAAAUUCGAGGUUUCUCAUGGUCUGGUGUCUGUGAAGGUGGCCUUUGAUGGAAAUAUUCAGACCAACAUGGCCGGUUUCUAUAAGUCGUCCUACAAAGAGGAUGGCGAAACCAAGUAUAUGCUUUCUACGCAGUUUGAGGCCACAGAUGCUAGAAGAACAUUCCCAUGUCUCGACGAGCCAGCUUUGAAAGCCACUUUCGCCGUAAAUCUCACUGUUGAGAACCACUUAACUGUUUUGGGAAAUAUGCCAGUCAAGGAAGAGAAGGCAGAUGGUGAUUUGAAGGUUGUCACGUUUGAAACUACUCCAAUCAUGUCUACAUAUCUAUUGGCUUGGGCUGUUGGUGAAUUCGAGUAUAUUGAAGGAUUUACUAGCGACCUUUAUGCUGAUAACAAACCAUUACCUGUGAGAAUUUAUACUACGAAGGGCUACACCAAGGACGCCGAGCUUGCAUUAUCUCUCGCACCCAAAAUCGUGGACUAUUUCUCUAAGAUCUUUGAACUCAAGUAUCCAUUGCCCAAACUCGAUUUGAUCGCUGUCCAUUCGUUUUCUCACAAUGCUAUGGAAAAUUGGGGUCUCAUCACCUACAGAUCUACGGCUCUUUUGUACUCUGAAGAGACUUCUGACCCUAGUUACAAGCAAAACGUCGCUUACGUAGUUGCACACGAAAUCGCUCACCAGUGGUUCGGUAACUUGGUCACCAUGCAGUGGUGGGAUGAGUUGUGGCUAAAUGAAGGUUUUGCAACUUGGGUUGGUUACGCUGCGGUCGACUUUUUAUUUCCAGAGUGGGACAUUUUCUCUGGGUUUGUAUCGACUUCUUUGCAAAAUGCCCUUGGACUCGACGGUUUGAGAAAUUCUCAUCCUAUCAAAGUUCCUGUGGUAGAUGCAUUGGAUAUCGACCAACUCUUCGAUGCAAUUUCGUACUUGAAAGGUGCCUCCACCAUCAGAAUGCUUUCCAGUUACUUGCACACCGAUGUUUUCCUCAAGGGUGUGGCAAAAUACUUGAAUAAUCACAAGUUUGGCAAUGCUACGUCUGACGAUCUUUGGAGUGCUAUUUCCGACGUUUCUGGCAAGAACAUUGGAGCGAUGAUGGAGUCUUGGAUCACCAAAAUCGGAUUCCCUGUCAUCAAGGUGACUCCUCACGAUAAGAAGUGGGUGGUGGAGCAGUCUAGAUUCCUCAAUGGAGGAGGCGUGAAGCCAGAGGAAAACGAGACCGUCUGGUGGGUUCCUUUGGAUGUCAGUUCCGAGGCUUCUAUUGAACUCGAUAGUUUCUCUACCAGAAGCCACACCAUUGACGAGAUUCCAACUGGCUUGUUCAAAUUGAACAAGGAAACCGAGGGUGUUUUCCGUGUUAGCUAUGAUCCCAAGAUUCUCCACAAGAACAUUCUUCCAUACUUUGGCUCUCUUUCAGGAAAGGACAAGGUGGGAAUCAUUGCAGAUGUUUUAUCGAUUUCUGUUUCUGGAGAUAUUUCCACCUCAAAUUUCUUGGACUUGGUUAAGUCCAUCACUAUUGAUGAUGAUCAGCUCGGAGAAAAUUACGUGGCAUGGUUGGAAUUGUGCAAUAGACUUGCAUACUUCAGCACAACUUUCAGUGUGAAGCACACUGAGCUUUCUAAGAAGAUUGCAAAGUUUACUAGCGAUGUCUACCGUAAGUUGGCAACCAAAAUGGUUUCUCAACCAGUAGACAAGGAUGACUUCUUGAAGUCGAAGUUGAGAGCAAAAAUCUUGAACUCCUCUGCGGGCUUAGAUAUUCCAGAAGUUAAAGAGUAUGCUGAAAAAUUAUUCAAUGAGUGGAAGACUACCAAAAGUAUUGAUCCAUCAUUGAGAUACUUUGCUUUCAGCUCCAUUGUCUCCUCUGAGAACUUGACUGGGGCUGAUUUCGACCUUAUUAUGAGUGAGGUGACCAACCCAACAUCGUUGGAUUCCAGAGAGAUUGCUUUGGGAGCUUUGGGUCACAUUUCCAAUGAGAAAUUUGCAGAAAAGUUGAUAUCAUACCUUGGUGAUGAGACUGUGAUUCCCGUUAUGGACGCCCACUUCUUGGGAAUCAGCUUGUCGAAGAACACCAGCACUAGAGAUUUGCUUUGGAGCUUCUUCAAGCAAAACUAUUCCGUUUUGCACAAGUUGAUGUCAAGCAACAUGGUAGUGUUGGACAGAUUUAUCAAGGUCACCUUGUGCAACUACCAGUCGUUCAAGAUGGAAGAGGAUGUGAAGCAAUUUUUCGAGAAGAAGGAUAUCCACGGAUUCGAGAGAUCGUUAUCACAGGUGCUUGACCAAAUUACAAUUAAUGCUUCGUAUUACCAGAGAGAUCAGGGUGUGGUUCAGCAAUGGUUGACUGAGAACGGAUACUAG